AUGACUUCGCUUCGGGAGCGGUCUAAGAUAUUGAGCGUCACGGUGGACGCUAUCAAGACCAUCGAAAGCUUCGUUAAAAACUAUGAUGCCGAGGUCGAUCAAAGCAAGAUCGAUUCAAGAUUAAUUAGACUUGAUACCCUAUAUGACCGAUUCGUUGAUGCAUCUAUUGCGAUGGAAUUAAUGAUGGAGGAAAAAUCGGAAACAAAAGGCUCUUUUCUGAAGAGUCGCCACGAAAUGGAAGAUACCUAUUACACACUGCAUGAUUUCCUCACUACACACAAAUUAGACUGUCAUGUUUCAGUAUCCGCUACCACCUCACCCAUGGCUAAUUCGGUAGUGCGCCUACCGAAGAUCGAUCUGCCGACCUUUGAUGGUGAGAUCGAUGGCUGGAUCCCUUUCUAUGACACUUAUCGCAGUCUGAUCCACAACAAUAAGGGUUUGGCUGCUGUGGAUAAGUUCCAUUAUCUGAUGGCUGCGUUGAAGGAUCCAGUCAAGAAAUUGCUCGACACGACGAGCGUCACGGGGGAUAACUACAAGAUCGCUUGGGAUCUGUUGGUUAGUCGGUACGAUAAUAAACGUCUGCUGAUUAAAAAUCACAUCAGCCUGUUGUUCGCUAUUGAACCUGUGAGGAAGGAAUCUUCUGCUGCGAUAUUAGCCUUGGUUGACCAAUUCGAACGUCACGUAAAGAUUUUAACGACGUUGGGGGAGCAGACCGAGCAAUGGAGCUCCCUGCUGGUACACAUGUUGUGUAGUCGUUUGAAUAACAGCAUCUUGAGGGAAUGGGAGAGGUCAACAGGCAGCGAUAAGGAGAAGAUUCCAACCUACAGCGAACUGAUUGUCUUCUUGAAAGAUCAAGCUCGGAUCUUAUUGUCCCUGAACAGUGAUAGCUUGAUACCCUCCCCUCCAAAAGACAAACCACGUCUCUCUGUUGCUCAUACCGCAUCCGUUGCAAAACCAUCUCAAUCAAAAUCUUUCAGCUGCAUCGUGUGUAAUCAACCACAUCGGAUUUACGAUUGCGAGGUGUUCAAACGGAUGCCAAUCGAGCAAAAGCAAGACACCGUCCGCAAGAAGAAGCUCUGCUGGAAUUGCCUGUCGUCGAGUCAUCUCAGCCGUGAUUGCUCUUCCAAACCCUGUCGGAAAUGCAACGAGAAACACCACACACUGUUGCAUUCCUCCUCCCCCAACGAUCGUUCCACCCAACCCCAAGUAAAACCACCACCUGGACACCAACAAUCCACCAUCAUCAACGGAAGCGAAGCCGUGGUUCCGGCAUCGUUGUCGACUCUAAUUCCACUAUCACCUACCACCUCGUCUGUCACCCACCAACCUCUCACCAACGCAUUAGCUGCAGCAAGCUCUUCCACCACCACCUACUCAACUGUUCUGUUAUCCACCGCCGUGGUAAGGGUCCACGGCCCGUCGGGGAGAUCUACAUUUGUUCGAACCCUGCUGGACUCCUGUUCCGAGUCAAACUUCAUCACCGAAAGAAUCGUUCAGCUUUUGGGAUUGAACCGACGAAAGCAAGCUGCAAUUAUCGCUGGAAUGGGUGGUUCUACUAUCAACAGCACCUACUGCACCGUAGCAGAUUUCAGUUCUGUUAAUUCCGCCUACUCUAACACACUGACGUUCAGCAUUCUCUCCAAGAUCACGAACGAUCUGCCUUCUCGGGCAAUCGACAUUUCGCAAUGGAACCUCCCUCCUGACUUAAUCUUGGCAGAUCCAGAUUUCGCUUCGCCGCAAAGGAUCGAUAUGGUUAUCGGUGCUCAGCUGUUCUUCAGCCUUCUGCAGGAAGGACAAAUCCCAGUGAAAGCUGGUCCUUCUGAACACCAGCCUGUUCUCCAACGUACCGUGCAUGGAUGGGUAGUAAGUGGACCGGUCGCCAUCGAUAUCGCUACCCAAGACUCUGAGCGAGUCGCUCUGUUGUGCACCACCGAUGACUUAGACCAACAACUGACUCGAUUCUGGGAAGUCGAGAGUUGCCCUCAAAGCCGUGGACUGUCUAAGGAAGAAUUAGCUUGCGAGAUGUACUUUUCCGAAACCACCACCCGCGACGAAUCAGGCCGAUUCGUUGUACGCCUGCCGAAGAAAGAGCACGUCUUGAGUCAACUUGGUGACUCUGAGAUCGGUGCCCUUCGCAGAUUUCAAUGGAUGCAACGUCGACUCAGCAAGAACCCCAAUUUGAAAGCCCAGUAUGUUAAUUUCAUGGCAGAAUACAUCGAUCUUGGCCAUAUGGUUCCCGUAGCUCCGUUACAAGACAACACCCGCUCAUUCUAUCUUCCCCACCACGCCGUGCUCAAGCCCAGCAGCACUACCACUAAGUGCAGAGUGGUUUUCGAUGGGUCCAGCAAGUCUUCUACGGGAAUCUCUCUCAAUGACUGCCUCAUGGUGGGGCCGACUGUUCAGGACACAUUAUACGCUAUCGUCAUCAGAUUCUGCAUGUACGAGGUGGCUCUAGUUGCAGAUGUUACCAAGAUGUAUCGUCAGAUGUGGGUACAUCCCGACGAUAGGCGUCUUCAGCUCGUUUACUGGCAAAGCAGGACGGAUCCACACGUCCGUUCCUACGAGCUGACCACGGUAACAUACGGCACCGCAUGUGCGCCGUAUCUAGCUACUCGGUGUCUACAGCAAUUGUCAUACGAUCACUCGGAGAGCGAAACCGAUGCUGCAGCAAAAAUCGGCAAGGAUUUCUACGUGGACGAUUUCCUCAGCGGUGCUGACACUGUGGAGGAAGCAAUGCAGCUACGUUCUGGAGUGCAGAGCAUCCUCUCGACGGCAGGGUUCGAGCUUCGAAAGUGGUCGUCGAAUUCGUCCGAAGUGUUGUCAAACAUCCCGGACAACCUGAAGGAUAAUAGGCCGAUUGUAGCAGUAGAUGACAUCCAAGGCUCCGUCAGCACACUCGGUCUGCUGUGGCACCCUGAAUCGGAUACCUUCCGGUUCAAAGUUCCUGAGCGAUUCUCUGAUAAUUCGAUCACGAAACGAAUCGUGGUCUCCGAGAUGUUCAAACUCUUUGAUCCCUUGGGCAUCCUGGGUCCGGUGGUCAUCACAGCCAAAGUUUUUGUCCAACAACUUUGGAAGUUGAAACUGAGCUGGGACGAGGAGCUUCCCAAUUCACUAUGCACCGUGUGGGAAGACUAUAGACUUGGUCUGGCUGCUCUAGGAUCAUUUUCCAUCCCUCGUUUGGUCAAAGCUCCAGGCGCCGGAGACAACAGCUCUGCUCUGCUGUCCUCCUUAGCCAACUGUUCCAAACCAUUAUGUUAA